AUGGCGCUUCAACUAAAUGACUCAAGUGCUCCGGAGUCUCAGUCCAAAGGCAUAUAUUCUUCUAUUAGUUCCGAAGAGGGGGAUUCUAACCAGCCCAUGACAAUUGAUGAACCUGAUGGAGAUCAAAACACGACCGAGGAGACCCUCGCCGACUGCGACAAAAAUCUACUUUUGAUCGUGCAGCAGACAGCAAAACUUAAAGCUGACUCAACGAGAUUGGAGUUUGAAGAGCUUUCCUUGAGCGAAGUCCAAUCACGAGUAAAUAAGAUAAAACACUCGCCUGAUGAAUGGAACCACGUGCUUAAGUCCAUCAAACAUAGAGUUGAAAAGAAAGACAAAGAAUGGGCCAAGGAAUAUAUCAACUCUCAUAAGGAUGCUAUUAUGAAUUUCGUUGGACAGGAAAUUAUUAGGGCCUUCGAGAACGAGAAGAAAAAGGCCAAGGUACUUGAGCGGCGUUUGAAGGAGCGUGAGGAGGUGAAUCGCGUAGUGAAAUUAUUGAAAUUAUUGAAAAAGAAUGAUGCUACAUAUUAUGAUCUACUUGGGGUAGACAAGAGGGCUACAACAGCUGAGAUCAGGAAAGCUAGAAAGAAUUUUGUUUUCAUGCUUCAUCCGGACCGCAACAAAGAUAAAUCAGCGCUUCGUUGUACUAAAGCCAUUAACAAUGUGGUUGAUGUCCUCUGCUCCAAAGAGAAGCGAGCCGAGUAUGACGAAAGUUUACCUAGUCAGUAUAAGGCCCCUCGUGUCGAUGAAGAAGAUCUUUUCGAUGAAGAAUUUGCCAACGGAGCUUUCGAUGAUGAUGGCAAUGAUUCUACCGAUACUGAAUCGGAUAGCGAAUCGGACAGCGAGUCGGACAGCGAAACGGACAGCAAAAAUGAGGCUCCAAUGGUGUCGGAAGGAGUAAUGAAAAUAUAUUUGGAGAUGGGCCAGUCAGUUCUCAAGCCAUUUUUCAAAAGGUUGGACGACAAACCUGACACGAAAGGACUAAAGGAGAAAUUGAAAGGAUAUAAUAUGUUAAUCGAGGAGCAGAAUCUGAAAAGGAGGAUAGAUAUCCCCAAGCUAUUCAUGGUGCCCGAUACAUCGAUUCAAAAGUAUCAUUUCAUGGGACGGGAUAUCAUAACCUGGUGGGAGGCGAGGAGAUUGAAACCCGAAGAGGUACAGCGGGCUCUACAGAAACUGCAGAAUAACUUUGAGGAGGAACGGCUGCAUAGCUAUCACCAGUGGCCCGCUGAAUGGACGAAGCUUCUUAUCAGACCUUUGCGAAAGCGGCUUAUUAAACUGAAUCUGCCUAAGGAACAAACCCGAACCAAACCCAUGCAAGGAAAUUCGGCACGAGAAAAGCCUAUUAACCGGGCUUCUGGAACUAAUAAAACUAGUGACACGGAUAUGCCAGAUGCUUACGGGCACGACGAAAGACGUCUGCUCGGGAUUUUGGCCCAUGCAUCCAGCGUCCGACCUGAUACUGGCGGGGUGGGGUACAACGGCGGGAUGGGGUAUAGUGGAACAAAAUACUUCUUUGAUGUCGAAGGACUUAAUAAGCUCGAAGUUAAGAUGGCUAAUGAGGUCGAUCCCGAGGAAACUAAGAAGUAUCACGAUUCGGGAAAGGCUAGCAAUAUUAAUGAUCAGGAGAGCGAGUACCGUAGGUUAUUGCGGUCUAGGCUUGUCCGGGUCAUAGGCGUUUCAUUCCUACCAGGGACAGGAAAUUAUGAGCGAACGUGCUGGACUUACGUUAGAGUGAAGAUACUCAAUAUUCCGGGUGGUCGUAUCAUGACUCGAUCGACCUUGCGCGGCUGGAUAGGACAGCGAGAGGCCGACAAAAGGAUUGAUGCGUUCUUAGUCGAGUCAAAAACUGUUCCCCCGUGGGCUAUGGACGACUACGACUCGGGAAAACACAAAUCGUAUUUACUCGAAUACCCGCUUCCACAAAAGGCCCACGGGAAUAACCAGAUCAUUCGGAAGAGACAUUAUGAUGAUAGUGAUGAUAGUGCUGAUAAAGAAAGGUCGCAGUCGCUUAGGUAUAAGGGGAGUGUUCGUCACCUUGAAGACAGCCAGGAAAUAUCAAACUUAGUAAAUCUCAAGGUUAACGAUAUGGUGGAGACGAUUACGAAAGGGAUCGAGGAUCUGUUCAUAACGCGCAAGGAGACUUUCAAAAAAGAGCUGGAAAGACUCAAGUAG